AUGGGGAUCCCCGGCUUCAGCCUGUGGUUCGCGGAGAAGAACAAGGACGCAUACAUCCCGCUGAGCCAGGUGCCCAUAGACCAUGUCUACAUUGAUCUAAACAGCGUCCUGCACACCGUGCUGCGACGAGCCUCCACGCACGACCAGUUCCAUUCUCUUCUGCACAAGAAGCUAGAUGAGAUCCUGAGGACUGUCGCGCCCCGCAAGGGCGUCAUGAUUGCGGUGGAUGGCCCCGCCCCCCUGGCCAAGCUCAUCACGCAGCGCGAGCGGCGGCAGGCCGCGGGGGCAGGCCUUUGCAUCAACGUGCGGUGGGGGUUCGUCAAGGUCGGGCGAUACCAGCUGGGUUGGCUGGCAGUCCGCGCCCUGCGGGGUGGCCGCGGCGCCGGCGAGCGCGGCACCAACCCCCGCGCCGUCGCACGCCGAGAGGUCAGGAUGGGCGCGCUGCCCGCGUCCCCGAGCUCUGCGGCCAGGAAUCGCUUCAAGGCGCAGCCCGUGGUGUCGAGCGUGGCGCUGACGCCGGGCACCGAGUUCAUGCACGACGUCUGCGUCAGCCUGGGCUUCUUCGUGGCGGCGCGCGCGGGGUCCGCCAGGUGGCGCGAGGUGCGGUGGGAGGUGUCGAGCGCCACUGUGGCGGGGGAGGGGGAGGUCAAGAUCCUGGGCCGCCUGGCGCGCCCCUGGGGCCACGUCCAGCCUGGCGACACGCACGUCGUGGUGGGUGAUGACGCGGACCUCAUCCUCAUGGCCCUCAUGUCCAGCACCCGCGACCUGCACGUUCUGAACGCGUCCCUCUCAGACAAGGGCAGGUUCUCUCCCAACAUGAAGAUCAUGAGCGUGGAGCGCCUGCACCAGCGCUGGGUCGCCCUGGGGCUGGCCACCACACUCAGCGGCGCCGCAGCCGAGGCUGGCGCCUCUGAGCUGACGGGUGCGAAGGCUGACCUGGCGCUCAUCGCGAUCAUGUCCAGCGGCAACGACUACCUGCCUGGCGUGAGGGGGGUCGCCAUGGACAGGCAGGGAGGAGGGCUGUGGAAGAGGUACGUGCAGCUCCGCAAGACCCCCAAGUACGCCCUCCGCUCCAUCAUGCACCUCCACGAGCAGCGGCCCGGCCAGGUGCAGCUGCCCGGCAGCUUCCACGGCCCUCACCGCCUGGCUGUCUCUGCGCAGCUGGACAUGGAAUUCCUAUCAGAGCUCAUCGCAUCCACGCCGGUGUCAUACGUGCGGCCGGGUGACGACGAGGUCGACGAGCUGGAGUCCGAGGCGGAAGCUGCCACGGACGCUGACGUGGACGGCGGCAGCGCCCUUGAAGACGAGGAUGAAGAGGAGGAGGAGGGGGCCGGGGAUACGGAGGUUGAGGAGCGCGGCAGCGGAGAAGAGGACGAGGCGAUGGACGGCUUGGAGGGGCCCGCGGCGGCCGGCGUGGCGGCGGCUGCGGCGGCGGCGGACAGCGGCGGAGCUGAGGGCGUGGUCGUGAGGCGGAGGGUGCAGCGGGCGCUGGAUUACGUGCGGGGCCUGCUCUGGACUCUGAGCAUGUACUUCGCCGGAGAGUGCCCGGAUUACCGAUGGAGCUACACCCACAACGGCCCCCUGCCCUCGGAGCUCCUGGAGGCUCUCAAGCUACUGCAGCAGCAGCAGCAGCAGCAGCAGCAGCAGCAGCAGCAGCAGAUGCUGCGCCUGGAGCGGUUCUACGGCGCCGGUGCGGGCGACCUGGGUCCGCUGCCGCCCCACGUCUGCUCGCUGGCGCUGCUGCCCCGGGGCUCUGGGGGGUACGUGCCGCCGGCGGUGCGGGAGUUGAUGGAGGAGGGGUCCCCUGUGUACGAGUUGUACAAGGAGUGCAAGGAGUGCAACCGCCUGAUCAUUGGCACGGCGGUCGCGGAGCGCGCGCACCGCCAGGCGAUCCAGACGCAGGCCGUGGCCGACGCCGCGCUGGGCGGCGCGGUGCGGGCGGGGGCCUUGCAGAAUGAGAGCCCGACUCUCGGGCCCACACUCCUCCAUAGCACCCCAGCCCACACCUGCACCCUGACCCUGGACCCCAACCCCAACCUCUCAACCCUGAAUUUUGAAAUCCAGCUGAACGAUUUGACUGCAAAGGCGGACCAGGCCAAGCGUGAGAGGGACAAGGCCAAGUCCGAGCACCAGCGCUGGACAGGCCUCAAGGCGUCCCACGACGCCCGGGAGCACCCGCCCGGGCCGUUCCCGCUGGGACGGCUGCUGGAGGCGGCGUCAAGGGUGCCAGACACCGUCCUCACGCGCCUGGGGGAGACAUACCUGUUCUGCUCCCAGAACCCCGCCGGCUGGCCCGGCGCCGCGCGCGGCCCCGCGCUGCGCCCGCCGCCGCCGCCCGUCAAGAAGUACACCCCCCUCAGCUUCCACCAGACGCGGGGCAUUGCGCGGUGGGUGCUGCGGGAGGACGCGGACGGGCGGGUGCAGCAGCUGCCGGACCCAAAGCCCGAGGUUUUCAGUGCAUACUUGGCAUUAGACAAGGGUCUGGCUGCGGGGCGGCAGGAGGACGCUGGGGAGCGCAAGGCGGCAGCCCAGGCCGCGCACGGAGGCCAGCAGCAGCAGCAGCAGCAGCAGCAGCAGCAGCAGCAGGCUCAACAGCAGCAGCAGCAACCGCAGCCGCUCCAGACCGUUGCCGGCUGGCAGCAGCAGCAGCAACAGCAGCCUCAGGCGGACAGCGGCUGGCGGCAAGACGCGCCCAGCGCUGCCUGGCAGCAGCAGGGGAGCUCUGGUUGGGACCAGCAGCAGCGGUCACAGCAGCAGAGCAGCUGGCAGCCGGGCGGUGGCAGCAGCUGGGCGGCCCCGGCCCAGCAGCAGCAGCACGGCGGCGCCACCUGGCAGCAACAGCAGCACUACCAGGCACCGAGUGCUGGGGGAUGGCAGGUGCAGCAGCAGCAGCAGCAGCAGCAGCAGCAGCAGCAGCAGCAGCAGCCUGCUCAACCCUAUCAAGCACCGCAGGCCCAGGUGUACAGCGCCGCUCAGCAGUGGGCCUCCGGGGCGCAGCAGUACGGUGGCGCUGCCUACCAGCAGCAGCAGCAGUACACCGCCCAACAGCAGUAUGGCGGCCAGCAGUACGCCUACUACAGCUCACAGCAGUACGGCAACGGACAGCAGUACAGCAGCGGGCAGCAGUACGGCGGCGAGCAGUACUACCAUCAGCCCUCCCUGCAGCAGCAGCAGCAGCAGCAGCCGCCCCACCAAUCGCAGGCUGCAGGGUGGGGCGGCCAGCCCCCCAUGGCAAGCGCCAUUGCUUAUGGAGGAGUCGCUGGCAAUGCUGGCACCGCAGCCGCUGCGCCUGCACCGCCGCCGCAGCCCUCGCGGCUGCUCGCGCAUCUCAGCGGCGGCGGCGGCGGCGCCCCAGCGUGGGACGGCGCGGGGAACGCGCGAGGCGGCAACCGGCGGCCGUACGCGCCCGAGCGCCAGGACGGCUCGGGCGCCGCGCCGGCGGGCGUGGCGUGGCCGCCGUGGCAGCAGCAGCAGCAGCAGCAGCACUCGCUGGUCCAGAGGCGCCAGCACGGCCGGCUGCCGCGAGGCGAGACGGGUUCGCCCAGCGGCGGCGCUCACAGGCCCGUCUUGGCCCUUAGGCGGGACGAAAUGCUUCUGAGGCACCCCUCCGGCGGCGACGGCGAGCGCGCGCUGCUGCCGGCUGCGCCGCGGUCGGUAUCGCCGCCGCUCGCGGGCGCGCGUUCGAGGGCCGUCGGCGGCGGGACGGCGCACCUGGGCAACCGCCUCGCCUAA